AUGACUGUGGAUUAUGAAAAGGACCCCAGGGCCAAAGAAGCUAUUAUUAUUUGGGAAAGAGGGGUAUUGAAAGAGAAAGAUGGGUCAAUGUCAGAUGCUAUAAACUUCUAUCGAAGUGCAUUGAAAAUUCAUGAUAGCGUGGAAUCAUUGUAUAGGAAAAAGUUGCAUGAUGAAUGGAUGCUGCACAAAAAAAUAUCAGAAUUAUCCAUAGUUUCUGAUGAUCCAGGUGAACAAAAAGAAACAGAUAAAGAUGAUUUGCUUGUGGGAGAUGAUGCUGAACUCCAACCCUGUUGGAUCCUAGAAAUUUUGCCUGACGACAUUUUGCUGAGAAUUAUUAAAAAGGUAAUAUUAAUAUCUGGUGAAUCAUGGGUAAAUUUGUCGAUGACUUGUUCCACUUUCAACAAACUUUGUUUCCAUGAUUCUGUGACAUUUAAAACUUUCGCAAAGUACAUAUAUUCUAAGCAAAUAUAUGACCAAAUAGCAAUAGACCUCAAUGGAAUCACAGACUUAAAUACUUUUGAAAAGGAAAUGUGGCAGGGUGAUGAUGACCGCAUGUUAAAGGAAAGGCCAUAUAUCAAAUUCGAAGGUGUUUACAUCAGUGUAGUAAAUUAUGUAAGAUACGGUUCCAAUGCAGAAGGUUCGUUAUCUCUUUCAAAUCCAGUUCACAUGAUCACAUAUUACAGGUAUCUCAGAUUUUAUGAAAACGGCCAAUGUUUGAGAUUACUUACGACAGAUGAACCUAGUGCUGUCGUGAAGCACUUCUCCAAAGAGAGCAAGCCCAGGCAUAGUGAUAUGUGUUAUUGGAACCUCGGGUUUGACUACGGUUUUGGUCAAUUGAAGGUAACAAGAUCAGAUGAAAAGUAUACAUUUAUCGAGGAAUUUCAGAUUAAGAAUCAAGGCACUAAGAGAUACCAGCGAUUGAAAUGGCUAACUUCAACUGUUGUGGAUAAGGAAGGGAAUGCAUCCAACUGUUCGUUGAGGAAUGAGAAAUCUUUUUUCUUCUCCAGAGUGAAAUCUUUCAAAGGUACUGGAUGA